AUGCAACUGUAUAGAACUGGCGGCGCAGGUGAUCGGGGCAUUGACCUUUCAGGUUGGUGGGAACCACACAAGCUUGGACCUGUUGAUAGCACACGACCAGGCACUAUUUCAAAGAACUCGUCCCGCAUAAGAAUUCUUGUACAGUGCAAAGCUGAAUCCCGUCAAGUGGGACCAAAUGUCGUCCGAGAAUUAGAGGGCACUAUGAUACGUGCUCUCUGGGACAAAAUUCAAGCGCCUAAUCAAAUACGUGCCGAAACGCCUGCCUCCGCGGCAGUGGUUGGCAUUAUAGCAAGUCAGUCUGGAUUUAGCAAGCAUGCCAUGCUACACAUGCGUUCUAGCAAACUGCCGAUGUUGUGCUUACAUCUUGCGAAGCGUCUCACCAAGCGCGAAGACGAAAAACAGCUCGAGUGUCGCGGAUUCAUGUGGAAUGACGCUCUAGCUUCACAGGAAGGUCCUUUGCAGGGUAGGUUUGAAGUAGCGUGGACAUGUGUGCCGAAAGGGUACUUUCCAAAAGAGUGA